AUGGAUGAACGUGGCCCUAAUCCAGCUCUGGGUCCCGAGCGCGCACCUCAGCAAGAGCCGACAGCGCUCCUGAUCGGGAGCUACAAGUUCGAAAAGGAGCGCCCAGUCCGCGGAGUGCCGGAGGGCCUGAAAGCAGCCGGUAGGUUGCGCCGGAAGGGAGGCAGAAAGAAGGCUUACACGAAGGCCGGCGUAGUACCGCCCGAGGCAUUUGUGGAAGGAGACCUUCGGAACAUGGAGCGGUACAUACACCAGAAGGAGAUUCAUCGGUUUUCAACCGUGGAUUACCGGGAGCACGACACCUCCACCGGCGAGUACGCUGGCGGUAAAGACGACAUCCUCAAUUUAGUGCGCGAUUUCUUCGCUCAGGACGACCGGACGGAGUUUAUUCUCUAUUUCACGGGGCACGGGGACGUCGACGGCUCCUGGUGCAUCCCCGUGACCGUACUCAAGGGUUCAGAGGAAGAAGACGGAAGCGUUGACGUAACUUUCCAACCCACACCGGUUUUGACGCGAGAACGCUCCGGCACUCCCUCGCCCGUGCCAAAACCCGCCGCCGCUCGCGCACCCGAUAUUGAACCUGUGGCCACGGCAUCUAUAGCCGCUUCUAGUGUAUCUGCCGCUUCUUCUAAUAGGAAAGUGCCACCCACGGAAGAGUAUUUCGACCUCGUAACGUACGACGAUAUCGUGCAGGUGUGGGACGAGGAGAAGAGGGGACGAGAGCGUCGACUGAUGAUGAUUCUCGACUGUUGUCACUCCGGGAGGUGGGUGCAGAUGGUGGACGGGAAAUGUCGACGGAGUCCAACUGAAGUGACCGAUGACAACGAAGCGACGGAGAACUCUAGCCUUGGAUCGAGCGCUGCGGCAGGGGCAAGCAACUCGGUGGUUACGGCUGACGAAGGAAGUGAGGAGAUUGUGGGGGAGAUCACUGCUAGACGAGCUGCUAAUGAGCCACCCAAUGAAGACGACGAUGAAGAUGAGCCUGAAUUUUACGAGAAGAGGGACGAUAUUUGUAUCCAGGCUGCAUGUCGACCGAUCGAAGACAGCAUGAUUGCCAGCAACCAACGAAGCAGCUUUUUUACCCGAGCGUUUGUCGCUGCCCAAUCUAAGACCACGUUUGAGAAAUUCUGUUUCACCUUUUUCGACCACGUGUUUGUUUUCAACGUUACUUCAUUUCUGUGUUCUCCUAUUCUUCAUCCGUUUACGCCCAUGAAGUCCGACGAAAUGCCGUUCGCAGGCAUCCAGUUCUUUGAUUCCUUUGACGGCAUGUAUUUGGAAACACCUUGACUCCUUCAGUGUGCCCAUUUAGUGCACUUUAGAUAGUGUUUAUAAUUAUCUUUUUGUUAUUUAACUUAGAGUCUGGUUUAUUCCACUGUUACUAUUAUAAUAGGUAAAUAUAUUAUACAAAAUGUGUCUUCUGCGUUACUGUUUGUUCAAAUGUGUUUGUUGUUUUGAUGGGGACUGUGUAAUAUUCUACACGUGGCAUUGUCUGACGUAAAUAGAUCGUUAUCAUUGUCCGCUAUCUUCAGAAUGCCAUCUGCUUAUAGUAAAGG